AUGCUUUCUUCAAAAUCUUGUUCAAAUCCGAUGUGUUCAGGCUGAUAUGAGUUGUGAGUGAAUGUUCCUUUGGCCUAGGCAGCUAUGCUGUGAGUGCAGGAAUGAGGUUUGCCUCACUCUGAAUUGACUGCUGAAGUAGAAGGAGCUAGCCUGUAGCGAAGCUGACAGUGCGCCUCAACGACGGUCAGGGACACCGGUCAACAUGAAUAACAAGUGGACGUUUCUAGUUUUACUGGCAGCAAACGUUUUGCUCUCUGCAGAGCUCGCUCACGCCUCUUCAGAUAGGCUGGGUGCGAGCGAAGACGGUGUAAGAGAAGCUGCCAAGUAUGUUCGCACGCACGUAUGGGUCGUCGUCCUUGGCACGAUGGGCCUAUCACUGGUGAUCUGCACCAUUGUGUUCUGUUCCUGCGCUCAACGAACUACACGUGGAUACGCACAGAUUGACGGCACCGAUGGUGGUAGCGCCACUGGCGGUGUCCGGGGUAGCCGUGGCUUUGAGCUGAGCCAGAGCACCGACACGUUUGGCGCCGCUUUGCAGAAGCAGCGCGACCGCGAUCGCAACGCGGAGGAAGAAUCAGCAUUGCUGAAUUGUCAGUUCUACCUACGUGCAGUCGGUGGCUAUACGAUGAAGACUCAGCUACGGCAGAUUGGUGGCAGAGCCGGCAAGCGUUGGUAUCUUAUCACGGACAACAGGUCGAAUAAGGAGCUCAUUAUGAGCAUGCUGGGCCGUGCCUCGACGUGUCCCGUUGACUUGAGCAAGGCAACCGUCCGGACUAUCCAGCAACUCAUGACAGCUCUGCGGCAUGCGUACCUGUUCCCAGUCAUGCACGUCGACUACAUAGCCGAGCAGGAUCUAGUCACGGUCAUUCAUCAGCGCAUGGAAAAGGGCAGCAUCAAGGACCAAAUCUACAAUUCCAAACCCGACAAUGUCAUGCAUGAGAAGUACCAGUUCCGCGGGCGGCCGCUGUCCGAAGGGCUCAUCCGCACGUACGGCCGACAAGUACUAGAGGCUCUAAUAUUCCUGCGUGGCCGUGGCUUUCCACCAUGUCUACAUCUGCACAGCGGCAACGUGUUUGUUGACGGCAGGUCUUGCAAACUCGGAGGCUAUGAACAAACCAUAUUUGGCUACCCAUCUCGUAUGUAUCCGCUGGUGCGGCGUGCUGUCAAAGACGACUUGGACGCUUUGGAAGUUGUUCUUUUCGGUCACUUCCUGUAUGAGAUGCUGCUUGGCCAGGAGUUGAAUGUAGCCAAGGCUGAACACCACCACAUCUCAGCGGCCCGGAGUAGCUCUCAGGGUGCCCAGGUCCUCCGGGACAUUUUCCUGCGCUCAGACGGAACAUUUCCAAAGUUGGAGGAUUUGAAAGAUAAUAUGUUCUUCAAUGGCGGCGUGGAUCUUUCUGAAAUGAAUCGCACCAACACCCCACCGGCUCUGACAUCUCAGAUGAAAUCACUGCUGAAACUAGUGAGGAAAGGAACGUUAUCGCCAACGGCUUCUGGAACAAGUACAUCAGGAAGCUCAAAGUCGAGCAAAAAGCGUGGCUCAACAUCAGGUGCCUCGAAGUCAAGCCGGCCAUCGAGUCGAGCCAACGCCAGUAGCGUAUCGCCGCGGCCAAACACCACACCCUCGCCAGCCAAUCCACCUCCGCCGCCGCCGCCGCCACCGUCAGCUGCUCCCCCACCGCCUGCUGCAGCAGCCGCCGUACGUCCUCCUCCAUCCUCAGCCGGCCGCGGUGCGUUACUGGGCCAGAUACACACGGGCGCACGGUUGAAGAAGACGGUCACGAACGAUCGUAGUGCGCCGAAAGUCUGACCGGCGCUUUCGUCGCUCUCCGGUUGCCAGUGUCCGAAUGCAGUGCUCUAUGUUGGCCAUCGGACUGCGCUGGCAUGUUAUGUUGGAGAGGUGGGUGUGUACGUGUGUGUGUGUGUGUGUGUGUGUGUGUGUGUGUGUGUGUGUGUGUGUGUGUGUGUGUGCGUGCAUGUACGCGUAUGCACCGCGUAUGCCUGCAUAUGAGUGUGCGCCCGCACACAAGUGUAACGUUAUUUUUGCUUUCGUAUUCGCCAUUUUACGGUGGCAGCCGCACUGUUCCAUACUGGUGGUGGCCAGGCUAGGCUGUGUCUUGUCGUUCCAAUACAUGAUCAUACCUCGUGGCAAUGCCCUGCCAUCUAACCAGGGUCUCUGUGAGAAAACUGCAUUUCUUGCAGUGAGGUCUCACCACCACCACAACGCUCCAUAUCUGAUGUUGUCAUCUCUGCUGCCCUGUGUGCACCCCCCCCCCCCCCAACCACCUCUGUUUCAGCUGGCCUGAUCCACACACAUUCUCUAUCUAGGAAAAUAAUAUGUUGGUCUAUUCCACUACAGUGUCCUCUCUUUUUUAAUUUAAAUUCUAUGAACAAAACCAGAGACCGACUAUGAACAAAACCAGAGACCGACUGUGAACAAAACCAGAGACCCACUGUGGACCUGAAUCGAACCGUAUAGUUUAUAGUUGUAGGCAAAAUAUUAUUUCAUGAUUAGCCUAGUCUUGAUUCGCUGAUACCGGCAAUGGUUAUUGUCGGUGUAUUGAUCCAUAGUUUGCUUGCUGUUCAACUUGUGAAAAUAUGACCCUAUUUUGGAGAUCUGUUAUUUUCAUGCUGGUCUCAUGACCCACGGCUACUGGCCUGAUUGUUAUUUGUGCGCUUUUCGUGAUUCCACUGCAGCUAGCUGCCUAUAGCUGUGCUAUUUAAAUGUUGCUAGUGUUGUGA